AUGGCAAACCCCGAUACUUCCCGGGUGAUUCAAUUCGCCAAGAAUUUAUCUCUCUUCAUCCUCAGCUUCAUCUUUUUACCUGCCACUCUCUUGUUCGCGUUGCUUGCUUUCCUCUGGAACCGAUUGACAUCAAAACCUCCUGCUCCGACUUCCCACAGCCAAAAUGAUCAAGAUAAUUUGGACAAGACGACGAUCCUCGUCACGGGCGUCAACAUGGCAAAGGGUCUCUCCCUAGCACGCAUGUUCCAUCGUCGCGGCCAUCGCGUCAUUGGUGCAGACUGCUACGCCCUCUCUCCCGGUCGCGUCUCCCGCGCAAUCGACGUCUACUACCGUCUACCUGUUCCCUCGGACCCUUCAAAGACGUCCAUGAAUGAUCCAUACCUGAACACAAUCACAGAAAUCAUCAACCACGAGGAUGUCGAUCUCUGGGUGUCAGUCUCUGACGUCAAUGCCGCGAUUGAAGACGCUACCGUUAAAGAAAUCAUUGAAGCUCGCACGAGCGCAAAGGCGAUUCAAUUCGGCGUCGAGGAUAUUCGCAGACUACAUGAGAAGGACGCCUUCAUUGAGCACACAAAGUCUUUGGCUCUGAAGGUACCGCAUACUGAAGCCGUGCAAGACAAGGAAGAUGUCAUCAACUUCCUACAACGCAAUGGCGGCCUUGAGCUGAAGCCUCAGGCGAGACAAUAUCUUGUCAAGCCUGUUGGUGUCGACGACGUUGCCCGUUUUACCAUGCCUCUACUUCCUCUACCCUCCGAAGAUGCUACCCUGGCGCGCAUCGACACCAUCCCAUUCGACACAGCCAAAUGCUCCUUCAUCAUCCAAGAAUACAUCACCGGUCCUGAAUUCUGCACGCACGCACUUGUCAUUAGAGGUCGCGUGUGUGCUUUUGUCGCGUGUCGCUCCGCCGAUGUCCUCAUGCAUUACUCUGCCCUCCCUGCCGAUUCUCCGCUUAGCAAGGCCAUGUUAGACUUUACACUCAAGCAGGCUGAGGAGGGUGGCGAGAACUUUACUGGGCACAUGAGUUUUGAUUUCUUGAUCGACAAGGAGAACGAAGAUGCUGCUCGGUCUGGCGCGGAGAAAGAAGUCACGAUAUAUCCUAUUGAGUGCAACCCUAGAGUCCACACAGCAACUGUUCUGUUCAACAACACCCCCGAGAUUGUCGACGAAUACCUUUCUGUCCUUGCAUCCUCUUCACAGCCGAGAUCGCUGACGAAACCCCCUCUGUACCCCAACAAUCCUCAGGACUACUACUGGGCCAGUCAAGAUCUUGUCGAGCUUGUUCUCUGUCCGUUCUACCACACUCUCUUCAGAGGAACUACGGGAUUAUCCCACGUUUCAAAAUCUAUCCAUGCGUUUGCGCAGCACUUGAUAUACUGGAAGGAUGUUUGCUUGGUACAUGUCGACUGGGUCUGUGUGGACAAAGCUUAA